AGAUUGCAUGGAUCUGUACAGUCAUUGACAUGAUGCCAGUUGUCACUUACAAAACUAUGACACUUGUUUGAUUUGUGAAAUGAGAGCAUGGUUGAGGGUAAAUGGAUCCAUCAGAUCCCAUUGUUGACAUUCCUGGUGAUAAUUUUAAGUUUAAGAGAUUGUAAAGUUGUCUGUGAAGAAAAUAGUCUUGAUGAAAUUUCAACAUCAACACCUUUUGAACUGAAACAUCCCAAACUGUUAGUUUUCAGCCUCGAUUUUGUAAUUUGGCCAUUCCGUAUUGAAACUGAAGUUGUUACUCCAGUGAAGAAAAAUAAAAGGACAGGAAGAGUGCACGAUUUUGUCAAGAAGGCUCUGGGUGUAUACGCAGAUGCUUUAGAUGCUCUGAACACUCUGUAUCUGAAAAAAUAUAGACUGGCAGCUAUAUCUGAUAGUCCUGAUGUUGAAACAAAUACCAAACUCCUCUUGUAUUUUAACCUGUAUAACUAUUUUCCAAUACAAGAAAUUUUUGGAGGCCCAAAAAGCCAGCAUUUGGAAUUAAUUCACCGCACCACUCAAAUUCCAUAUGAGGACAUUUUCUACUUUGAUGUAAAGAACGACCAACUGGCUGGACUGCGGAAGAUGGGACUACAUGUUGUUGAGGUGGAGUCAGGCCUCAGUAUACAGGACUUCGAGAGAGCCUUGGAGUUGUAUAAUAAUGUUACAGCAGUAACAACCACAGAAAAGUCUUGAUAAAUAUCCAAAACACUAACAUGAUUACUCUGUUACAUGAUAUUCUCCACAAUAAAUUAAAAGCAAUAUACUUUGAAAAUUUAACAUUA